AAGCACUCAAACGCCAAAGUCUAACCGUGGGUGUGGAGGGCUGGAGGCCUCAUGCAUUAAUAAUUCAGCGUGUGUUUGUCAGACCGCAGCAGUUGCACAACAGUCGUCAUACCUGUCGUGUUCUCUAGAUACACCUGUUCCUCCAACAGCACGACCAAUGGACCCUCACAGGUGACCCUGCGACCCUCUCCGGUGUGAGGUUGUGUCGAUUCCGUCCGUAAGGAUCUUCAGGAUCAGCACUGCUGGAUCAUGGCUGAGAGUCCUCAGGAGCGCAGCCCAGGGGUGUUCAGUCGCAUUGGGAGCUGGUUGACGUGGGGUUGGGGCAGCCCGGUGCUGAGCGGAGAUGAGCCCACCUCAGAGACACAGCGAGAGGAGGCGUCUGACGAGGACCACAGAGAAACCAGCCUCCCAACUGCUGGUGCACACGAAACAGACAGUCCUGCAGUAGGUGAAACCGUUCCAGCAGAGAAAAGCCCUUCCCUGAGGCGGAAUGCCAAACAUCUGAGAAGCUUCCGUGGAGGGGGAGACGGGACGGGGGAGAGGACAGGAGGUGCACAGAAAACCCAGGUGUGCCUGGAGAAAACAAGUGAAAACAGAAGCAAACGCAGUCAGUCGUUUGAGAGCCACAGAAGGAGAUCAUCACCUGACAUCUCUGAUCAAGAUAAGACAGAGAAAAUGGGACGGAGGAGAUCUGGAAGAAGGAGGCGGAGCUCUCAUGGAGAUUUGGGCGGGUCUCAAACUAAAUCACCAACCAGUACUCAUCCUGAUAGUCCUGCAGCAACCAGUUUGGCCACUAGCCCACAGACGGCAUGUGCUGACUCAGUUUUUGAGGAGGCGGAAAACAACGCUCUGGAAUGCUCCGGAGCAGAAGAGCCGAACUCAGGUAGCCGUGAGGAUGUCGUCCGAGCAGAAUGGGUGGAAGCGCACCUGAGCGAGGACGCAGCUGAUUCACCGAGUUCUCCAGAUCCACCCGUCCACGCCACGCUGGCCUUCGUCGCCGAUUCAGACAUGGACGAGGAACCUGUGGUGAGGCUGACAGAGAGCGCUGAAUCCAAACGCAGGAGUAUCAAAGUGUCUCACAGUGAGAAGAUCUUUGCUAAAAAGGUGGUGGUCACCUCAGAGGACCCAAAUGAAGAUCAUCAUGAGAAGUUUAAAAUCACUACAGAUCCCAAACGGCCGAGAUCUGAUGAGAGAGUGAGAUGUCCAGAGGACAGAGUGGACGGCACUAAUGUGAAGUCCGGUCAUCAAAAGGGCCGAAUCGCAGACAAGAUCAGUCUGUUUGAAAGAGGAGCGAACAAAGCUGCUAGUAGCUCCACAAACCUGCGUCAUCUGGAUAUUUCUCCAGCUCGAAAUGUGGCUAGUCGUCUCACAGAACAUGCUGGAAGGCGGCCCAGUUCUGCACCUCCGAAGCAAACGGUUAAAGAGAGGGCGAUGAAUUUCGCUGCAGGACAGAGGGGAGAAGAGAAGUUAACAUUGUCGUCUGGAGUGUCUAGCCAUACAUUGAAGGAAGGACAUUCCAAAACAGCUGGUCGUUCGGAAGCAUCUUGUUCUGGAAGUUUUGAAAAAAUUAACAGUGGAGAACUCAAACCUGUAGAUCAAACAGACUCCAAAUCCCACAAUGCAACACAAAGAAAACCUGCAUUGUCAGAGAGCACAAGUGACUCAAACAUUGGGAAUAAAGAGUUGGAUUCUGUCCCGACAGUUUCAUCUCCUACUGACGAGACCCCGCAGGUGAAAUCGCCAAACCGGACAAGCUCACGAUCUAAAAAACGACGAAGCAAAGAUACGGCUCAACCGCUCAGCCCCACCAGCAAGAACAAACAAGAAAUGGGUCAAGGUAAACAGGAAGUCAAGCACAACACAGUGCAUGAUAUUGAUCUAAAACCUCUUGUAGAUGCAGAAGACGUUUGCACAGACCAGUCUUUGAAAAGCACUUCUGGUGAGGAAGUCUCAAGCAAAAAGACAAAAUUUCCUCAGAAGUUGGAGAAAGCAGCAGAUAUAAUUCAAAGCACGGAGACAACAUCAAACAAUGACUCAAAGAGGUUACAAAAGGCUCCACAUAUGGACUCAAAAGGUCUCAAAGAAAUGAAAAGCGUGGAUGAGAAGGAGAGAGAGAAUAGGAGUUACUCUGAAGCACAGAUAGUGACCACUGCUUCCAAGGCAUCCAGCUCCCAAACUGAGAACAGCUCAAAUGAAGUGAAGAUAGAACGGACAGGCAUUGACUCAGAGCAACAGAAAAACAGCAACAAAAAGCAGCCUGUUCAAGAGAGCUCAGAAGGAGAGCAGGGAGAAGGGUGGAAGAACAGAGACACGAUUGUAAACACAUUGUUUGGAGAGUCAGGGAAACUAGAUCCAUCUGUGACAAAAGAAGAGAAACCACCAUCCCCAGAGGACCUGAAAGCGGCCAACUCUAAAGACUCCUUUGAGCCAGCCAAUAGCAGCACUGCAUCCUCUAGGAAAGAUGCCAUGCGGAACAGAGAGAGUGAGACGGAUAUGUUGGUCUUACCUGAGAAAGACACCACUAGGCGUGUGCAUAAAGUGAAAAAUACCCCUGAAAAUGACCCAAAAUCAGAUGAGACACAAAGACCAUCAAAGCCAAGCCAUAAGAGUAAAGAAAAAGACUGUUUGGCUGAGAUAACCAAUCAGAGCAAGAAAAAAUGCAAUGUGACAGAAGCAAGUGAACAACUGAAAACUACGGAGACACACAAACACAGUAAUGAAGUCAACACAUCGAAGCAAAAUAUAGAAGGAGAAAUUACAACUAAACCAGGUAAAUCAAAGGACACUUCAGCUGUAAAGCCCAAUGACGGCAGACAGGAAGACACAACAAUUACUCAGAAUACAGAGAAAAACUGUUCUACUGAAUUGCACGAUCAGACUAAAGAAAAAGAUGCUUCUACAAGUAGGGCACUGGCAACACCAAACCCUGCAUUGGUAAAAAAACAAAAUGAUGAAAUGGACACCAUAAUUUCACCUCAGAUUCCACCUACAGAAGGAGGCGGUCCCAAAAGAGGUGGACCACCUCCAAAGAGCCAAUCAGAGAACCGAGAAGAACAGAAGACACAGACAGCAUCCAGUAAAACGGAUUUACAACAGCGACAACAAAAGCCAGACACUGAAACUACAGACGGAGGCACAAACAAAACAAAGAGUAAAGUCACUAGCACAGAAAUUACAUCCAUAGUAAAUGGAGACAUAAACUCUGUAGAGACAGAAGAAAAAAUUCUUAGCUCUAGCCAUGAAAGUACUUUUCCUGUAAUACCACCCAAUAAUGAGAAUCUAUCUCUGCGCUCAGCGAAAAAGAAGCCCACUUCGUUGUCAUCCACAUCCAAUGAAGCAUCUACCGAACACUCUGGCCAGGCCAGUGAAAAGAUUACCUCUAAACCAGCCUCAACAAAUGAGACAGCCUCCAGUUUACCAGCCUUGAGUAAUGACAAGAACACAACUUCGGUUUUACCUAAUGAAAAGAACACAACUCCAUCAGACUCAGCUAAUGAAAAGACUACGCCACCACCAGCAUCAACCAUUGAGACAACCCCCCCUUUACCUGCUUCAACUAAUGAAAAAACUAUGCCACCACCAGCAUCAACCAUUGAGACAAUCUCUGCUUCAUUAGGCUCCAGUGAUGACAUGAACAAACCUCCACCAGCAUCAACCAUUGAGACAACCUCCCCUUUGCCUGCCUCAACUAAUGAAAAGACUAUGCCACCACCAGCAUCAACCACUGAGACAAUCUCCCCUUUGCCGGCCUCAACUAAUGAAAAUACUAUGCCACCACCAGCAUCAACCAAUGAGACAAUCUCCCCUUUGCCUGCCUCAACUAAUGAAAAGACUAUGCCACCACCAGCAUCAACCACUGAGACAACCUCCCCUUUGCCUGCCUCAACUAAUGAAAAGACUAUGCCACCACCAGCAUCAACCACUGAGACAAUCUCCCCUUUGCCGGCCUCAACUAAUGAAAAUACUAUGCCACCACCAGCAUCAACCAAUGAGACAAUCUCCCCUUUGCCUGCCUCAACUAAUGAAAAUACUACGCCACCAGCAGCAUCAACCAUUGAGACAAUCUCUGCUUCAUUAGGCUCCAGUGAUGACAUGAAAAAACCUCCACCAGCCUCAACUAAUGAAAAGAACACAACUCCAUCAGACUCGAUCAAUGAGAUAACCACACCUCCAAAAGCCACACCUCCACCAGCCUCAACUAAUGAGAUAAUAUCCAGUUUACCAGCCUCAGCAAAUGAAAAGACUAUGCCUCCACCAGCAUCAACCAAUGAGACAAUCUCCCCUUUGCCUGCCUCAACUAAUAUAAAGACUACGCCACCAGCAGCAUCAACCAUUGAGACAAUAUCUACUUCAACAGGCUCCAGUGAUGACAUGAACAAACCUCCACCAGCCUCAACUAAUGAAAAUAAAACAACUCCAUCAGAUUCGAUCAACGAAAUAACCACACCUCAAAAAGCCACACCUCCACCAGCCUCAACUAAUGAGGUAAUAUCCAGUUUAUCCGCCACAACUAAUAUAAAGAUAACACCUCCGUCAGACUCCGCUAACAGAAAGACAAGUGAUGAAAAGACUACGCAUUCACUAGCAUCAACUAAUGAAAAGAUCACACAUUCACCAGACUCAUCUAAUGAAAAGGCAAAGCCUCCACCAGCCUCAACUAAUGAGACAACCUCCACAUUGCUCACCCAAACUAAUGAAAACACCACGCCUCCAACAGCAUCAGCUAAUGAAAAGGCCACGCCUCUACCAGCAUCAACCAUUGAAAUAACCUCCGCAUUAUUAGGCUCAACAAAUGAAAAGACCACAUCUUCUCCAUCAUCAACCGAUAAAUCUACCUCCACUUUAGGCUCAGGUGAAUACCAGACCACACCUCCAUUAGUCUUAACUAAUGAAACAACUAGAUCUCCCCUAGAUUCAACUAAGGAAGAGACUACAGCCUCAACUAAUGAGACAAUCUCCAUGUUGCUCGUCCAAACUAAUGAAAACACCAUGCCUCCAACAGCAUCAGCUAAUGAAAAGGCCAAACCUCUUCCAGCCUCAACCAAUGAGACAACCUCAACUUUACCAGCCUCAAGUAAUAAAAAGACCUCCUCUACAAAAUCUUCAACUAAAGAACACGCACCACCUCCAGCCAAAACCGAUUCACCAUUCUCCAAAGAUAAGGUUACUAAAAAUGAGAGGACAUCGCCAUCACCACCAGCAUCCUCCUUCCCACUAACCUCUACCACUGGAGAGAAUAUAACUCCACUUCCUUCAUCCAAAGAAAAGACAGUAUCACCAACAGAUUAUAACAAUGGGAAGACCCCACCUUCACCAGCAUCAAUCAAGGAAAAGACCUUGCCUCCUCAUGCCUCAACCAUAGAGAAGAUUUCCCACACAUUGCCAUCAGCCAGUGAGAAAUCCCCAUCUCCCUCCAGCAAAUCUACAGAUCCAGCCACAAGAAAAAAGGAAUUUAUCCCCAAACCCUUCCAUCUUCCACAAAUCCCCUCUACACCUGGAAGCUCCUCCCUGAACAGGGACUCUCCAUCUAGCUGGCUUGAUGUGGAUUACCAACGUCCUAAAAGGAAGAAGCAGUUGAUUUCAGAACCAAAAUCUAAGCUCAGCGCUUCUGUGAGUGAGACUAACCUGGACACAUCAGGAGAAUUCGACCCAGAUGACUUCAUUGCAAAUGUGAAAAGGCUAGCAAUGCCGUUUAAUCUUCCCCAACGCAAACACAACCAACAUCGCCUGCAAGCCCCUCCGUUUGUCCUGCCUGCCAUCAGAGAGGACCGGUUUGAGAAACUCUUUGAUCCGGAGGAGUUCCAGUAUGGCUUGAGGAGAAGGAGGGAAUUCAUUUUGGAUCUGAAUACUAGUUCAGUAUCCAAGAGUCAAGACACAGAGGCCGAGAAGGAGAACACCAAACCUAAGUGGACAAAACCUGAGCGCGAGAGCAUCCUCAGUAGGUCCUUGAUCUUCCAGAGAGCAAAGAAGAAGUCUGAAACGGAUGAGGGAGAAAAAAAGGAGGUGUCAGAUGUAAGUGCAAAAGAACCACUGAAAACAAGGUCUCGUUUGGAGAGGUGCUCCAUUGUCAGCGCUCUACGCAGCCCUAGCAAAUUGAGACGCAUGGAGUUUUUAAGCCCCACUGAGUGUCCUUCAGAUGGGCUGUUCUCACCUAGCGAUGCUCCUGGGUCUACAUCACCUCCACAAUCUCAGCUGGCACCAACUGCAGAAUCACCCGAACAGGUCAUGCUAGAGGAAGUCCUAGCAAAGAAUGAUGGCCGCUCUACCCCGUCUGGUUCCCAGGUUAUUCUAAAACCUGUGCCUGCCAUGACACCUGACCUCAAAACAACUUCAAGAAACCAAACAGUCACUAUGGUUAUAGACACUAAUGCACCUCCCAGAGAUACCCAGGCUAGUUCUCAGGUUGUUCUAAAACCUACCAAGGAAGAUGGACCUACGCAAACACCUGACUUGAAAACAACUUCGUUAGACCCCCAGGCCACAAUGUUAACAGACACUAAUUCUCCUCCUACACCUAGUUGUACCCGGUCUGGUUCCCAGGUUGUUCCAAAACACACCAAGAACGAUAGACCUACCAUGACACCUGACCUCAAAAUACCUUUAAGAGACCCCACAGUUACUAUGUUAACAGACACUAAUGCACUUUUACAUCCCAGUGGUACCCAGAAUACUUCCCAGGUUGUUCUAAAACCUACUAAGGAUGAUGGACUUACCCCGAAACCUGACCAGAAAACAACUUCAGCAGACCCUCCAGUCACUAAAGUACCACCACUUCUCAGCAGUAUCCAGACUGGAUCUGAUGUUGUUCUGAAACCUGAUGGACCAACACUAAUGCCUGACCUGAAAACAACUACAGUAGACCCCAUUGCCACAAUGGUAACAGAUGCUAGUGCUCCUCCACCGCUUCCUUCCUUUGAAGACAUCAAGUUACCUAGUAUCCUGGAGAAAUUUCUUCCAAAGGAGCCUGAAACCACUCAAUCAUCAAAUAAGAUCGACCCAAUGGUGGCUAGAGAAAGUGCUUCCAUACCUGGUCAAGUGGAUCUGAAUACGGCUGUUGACAUAGCUGACAGGAAAACCCAAGAAGUUACGAUUCCACCUGCACCUCAAGUUUCAGCAGCUCAAAUCCUUCAAGCUAAACCUCAGAGGGAAAUCCCAAAUAUUCCAACUGCUCGUGGAAUCCAUCGGCGUCCUGCAAAGAUUGUGAUAUUUGAACACCAUCAGUUCAACGGUCAGUCCUUUGAGUUCUACAGGGAUCAACCUGAUGCUACACAAAUGCAUCUGUCCAGUGUGAUAUCUGUGAAAGUGGUCAGAGGAUGCUGGAUACUGUAUGAGAAACCAGGAUUUGAGGGACGAUGCAUCGCUCUGGAAGAGGAACGUGUUGUCGAACUGCCCAAUCAAUGGGUAGAAGAGGGUGAAGAAACAUCUGCCCCUAUCGUCAUUGGCUCGAUCCGCCUGGCUGUCAGAGACUACACUCCUCCCCGGAUAGAGCUGUUCACCGAGCCCACGGGCAUGGGCAGAAGCUCUGAGUAUGAGGAUGUCACUGAGGAAGUGGGCAGUUUCGGCCUUCCUCAGAACACCGGCUCUAUCAAAGUCCACAGUGGUCUGUGGUUGGUUUACAGUGAUCCAGGUUUCCAGGGUCUGCUGGCAGUGCUGGAGACCGGAGAAUAUCCGUUUCCCGAGGACUGGGGUUUCCCGUCGCCGAUUGUGGGCUCUUUGAGGCCCCUGCGCAUGGGCCUUCCGAAAGUAGAGAACCCGACUGCAGUGAAGGCGGUGCUGUAUGAGAAGGCCGGUCUGGAGGGCCGCUGUGUGGAGGUGCAUGGAGACGUGUUUUCCUCCGGCAGGACCGAAACAGACCCGGACGAUCACGGAUUGAACUGUGUGGAAUCACUAAAGAUCCUCGGAGGCCUGUGGGUUGGAUACGAGUGCGAGGGUUUCGACGGGCAGCAGUUCAUCCUGGAGGAAGGAGAGUAUUUAGACUGGAGAGACUGGGGCGGGACGGGGCAGAAGCUGCUCUCUCUGCGGCCCGUCCUCAUGGAUUUCUCUCCCCCUCAUAUGAAGAUGUUCAGUGAGCUGGACUUUUCAGAGCGGGGCGUCAGUAUCGACCUCCUGGAUCCACUGGAAAACGUGGCCAGCACACACUACGGCCCGCAGACCGGCUCCAUCGAGGUCCUGGCAGGAGUUUGGGUUGCGUUCGAGGAGCCCGGGCUCUGCGGUCAGCAGUAUGUUCUGGAGAAAGGUCUGUACGGAAGCCCGGAGGAUUGGGGCGCGUCUGACAGCCGAAUCUCCUCUGCCAUCCCAGUGACUCUGGAAAAUCUAGAAAACUCCUGCCACUUCCAGAUCCAGCUGUUUUCUGAGCCUGGAUUCAGUGGGACGUCUGUACUUCUGCAGGACUCAUUACCCACAAUGCCUGAAGGGUUCACCAUGUGCUCCUGCAGGGUUUUUGCUGGAAGCUGGCUGGCGUUCAGUCGUGAGUGUUUCUCUGGGCAUCAGUGUGUUCUGGAGGAAGGAGUUUAUCCAGAUCUGAAGACGAUGGGCUUCACUCAGCCCAACACAUCAGUGCUGUCCAUCCAACCCGCCGGACACGAGUUCUCUCUGCCGUCUAUCGUUCUGUUCGAGCGCUCGGGACUCAAAGGAAGGAGAACUUUACUGAAGUCCAGCUCUGUGAACCUGCAGCUGACGGACAGCUGUACCAGAGUCUCGUCCAUACUGGUGGAGGGCGGCAUGUGGGUUCUGUACGAGGCCAGUAACUUCAGAGGGUCUCAGUUCCUGCUGAAGCCUGGCGCCGUUCCCGAUUGGCCCAAACUCUCCUCCUGGCUUCGAAUCGGAUCGCUCCGGCCACUCAUGCAGAAACAAACGCUUUUCCGUUUGCGGAACGAAGAGGCGGGGCUACUGAUGUCUGUCAUCGGGUCACUCGAUGACAUCAAACUCAUGCGUAUCCAGGUGAGCGAGGAGACAGACGGACCGGCUCAGAUCUGGGCCUAUCAGGACGGUCGCUUGCACUGCAAGUGGCUGCUGGACUGCUGUGUGGAUGUGGGUUCUGGUGUUCUGAUGCCCGGGGCUCGAGCCGUUCUGUCUUCAGAGCCCGAAAAACCUCAGCAGCUCUGGAACAUCACGAGCGACGGGAUCAUACGGAGUAACGCCGCACCAAACCUCGUCCUGGAGGUCAAAGGAGGUCAGCAGUUUGACAAAAAACAGAUUAUUCUCAAUGAAUUCCACCCAAACAAAAUGAAUCAAAGAUGGUCCCUGGAGAUCCUCUGAGCUGAUUCACCUCCACGCAGCUCCGUCGUGGGACCUACUGCUCUGUGGCAGAGCUGCACCGGGGGGACCAGCGUCCUGUGAGGCAGCUGCACCACAGGGACCAUGAGCGAUGGAAAUCUCAUUCUCAUCAGCGGAUGGAAUAUGAUCAUAUUCUACUGGACACUGUAUUAUUUUUAUGAACUGUCGUCCAAGCUGCCUUUAACAAAAGCACAUACUUGAACAAUAAUAAUGUUUAGUUUUACUUUGUAUCUGUAUGAACAAUUGCUUCUUUUCAGCUGUAUAAAAACACGACGUGUGUUUAUAAGUAAAUGUUUGUUUUGUUAAUUAGCUGCAGCUUUGUUCAAAUCACUGAGACGUGUGAUCGGUCUGUGCUGAUUGGCCCGUGGGGAUUCGGUCUUUGCUGAUUGGCUGUCUGGGGGAUUCGGGUGUUCUGUGUCCACUGGCAUUGAAAAGCGGCCGCUGGUGAUUCGCUCGUGUUUCACGGGCCACUUGAACACAGACGCUUGGCUUCUCACAGUCAGCACUAAUGUUCUGGCAAGGUUCUCUUGAAGUUAUGAACAAACGUUCUUUCAGUAACAUUAAUAUGUUCUCAAAAUGUUAGCAUAAAAACCUCAUUCAUUUAACAUUUUUUUUCUGAAAUGUUUUAGUUGGACAUUUUUUAAAUGUUUCUUCUUGUUUAAGAGAACAUUCAAAAGUAACGUUCCCAUAAUGUUUGAAGAACGAUACAAUGUUCCCUUAACAUUCACAUAACCAAGUAAAAACAUUUUUAAAACAUUUAAAAAAACUGGACAUGUUGAACAUUCAGAAAUAAUUUAAUGGUAAUAUUAGGAAAACAUUCUUAGAACAUUUUUGUUAGCUGGUUCGGUGUGCACAGCUGAUCCAAAUCAUAUUUAUUUGCAGUUGUACGUGUGUCAAAUGGAGCUCAAACACUCAUAAGGGUUGCUUCACCACUGGCAAAAUGGGCUUUUAAUAAAACUUGUCUUCCUAUACAAUAGAAAGGCAGAAAAAAUUGGCGCUACCUGACGAGAAAACUGAGGAAAAAAGCUGUUGUCUUCCUUAAAUAGGUAGAAAAACUUCAACACCCAUAAUGCACUGGGCAUGUUGACGUCCAAGGCCACGCCCACCAGUCUGAUAUGCUUACCAGAAUCAAAUACAACCUUGCUUUAGUAGGAAAUACUUCUUAGCAAACCUUUAGUCAUAAUAGUGUCGAAUUGUUUUGUUCCCGGAUGAGUAAACAUUUAGCGGAAGUAAGUUACUUUCAGUUUCCAGUUAAAGAUCCAGCGCAGCGGCUAAAACUGCAAAGAACAACGUCAAGGAAAGUCUGUUCACUCGGCGGCAGGCCUGAACUGGUAAUCUGGUAAUCUGGUAAUCGCUAUAUGAUAUGAUUUUUUUUAAUAAACAUAAAAAUUGGCCAACGACCGGCCCAUAAAGCAGGGACAGCGGCCCAUUGGUUCAUUUUCCAUACUGACACUGGGCUGGCCCAAUCACAUCUCUUAACAGACUCCAGCCCGUCCCCUCUGUUUCGCCAGAACAUUUUUGGAUUAGGAGGAUGGAGAAACAAAAGCGCAAGUGCAAGGGGGGUGCGGAGAAGUUGCGGGCAAAAAAAUAAAAAAAUUUAGAGGUUGAUGCCUCAACGUGCAAAAAUUACUGGCAUGUUUAGUGCGGUUACUGUAGCUUCAGUUUCCAAACCUACAGUACCUGACGUGCAAAAACAGGUGAACAUAGAAGAACAUGGAGGAGACACCUGUAAGGCAGAGGAGCAGCAGGUGUCUGACAGUGAAGCCAAUGAGGGACAGAGUAAGCAGGAGAGUAUAAUAGAAGCGGUAAGCAGGGUAGUUACAUGAUUAACAGCGAGGGACUCAUGAUGCGACGACGACGACGAUGAUGCUUAAAUGAAUGAAUAUUAUAAGACAACAUAAUCGUCGUCGUUAUUAUAAAGUCAGACUGUCACCUACUGCAGUGGUCACUCAGUCAGCUAAUGUCAAAUAGCACAGCAAAAGUUAUUUUGCACUGUUUUUUGUAGUUAGCAGUGCCCUUGUAGCUAUCAGAGUUCACUUAUGCAGUAACGGCCUUUCUCAUAGAAAAACCUGAAAUGAUGCAAUUUGAUUUUUCAAAAAAAAAAAAAUUCAGGUUAUUAUUAUAAUGUAAGACGAUGUGUUUAUUUCACAACGAGACUAUAGGUGUCUAUUUAUAGCUGUUAGUCGUGAUCAUGGUCUACUAGAUCUCACUUUUCAGCUAUAAAAAGUUAUGUUUUGUAGCUCUUGUACCCUAUUACUCUGGUAUGAACACUUGGUUGUUUAUGGCAAGUGAAUAACAUGAAUAUCAUUUUAUUAGGACGUUUUUUGUGAGUAAUUUGGUAGUAUAGUUUUCUUUUUCAUUGUUUUUAAUGGGGAGUAUCUAAACAAUGAGAGGUAAAUGUUUGACACUUAAACAGGGGUUUGUGCUCUUUAAAACAAAGUAUAUUUGUAAUUGUAAAUUAUAGUUUUUCUGCUGUCUGUUUCAUUGGAAAUUU